AUGGCUGAAUUUUGGAUGGAGCAAACUGAAAAGCUACUCCAACAUUUGCAAUGCAGUGACGAAGAGAAAGUUAACUAUGUUACAUUCAUGCUAGAGGAAGAAACUGCACGAUGGUGGCAAUCAGCCCAACGAGCUUUGCAAAUGACACCUAAGCAAGUGGAGCAAGAUCCAAGGCCGAGGCAAGCUCAACCUAUGACUUGGGCUAGAUUCAAGGAGGCGUUUGACGCAAAGUAUUUUCCUCGAAGCUGGAGAAAAGAAAAGACUUGGGAGUUCAUGAAGUUAAAGCAAACAGAUGAGAUGUUGGUAACUCAAUAUGAUGUCAAGUUUACUCAACUGAUAAGGUAUGUGCCUAUGUAUGAAGCUGAUGAGUGGAAAAAGGCACAGAAGUUUGUGAGUGGACUUAAAGUAGGACUGCAGCAAGCUAUUAGCUCGUGGAAUUUGGACACCUACAACGAGGCAUUGGAUAGAGCCUUGUCCACUGAGACUAAUCUACUACGAGUUGGAUUAAUUAGAUCGGACGAGAAGAAGAAAGAUCCAAAUGGUGGGGAAUAUAAAUCAGAUGGAAGGAACUCCAAAAACAAUGAGCCAUGUCCCCGAUGCAACAAGGUACACUCAGGGAAACAAUGUUUCCAAAGACUUGUCCGUUGUUUUACAUGCGGUGAAGAAGGACACAAGGAAAAGGACUGCCUUAAAAAUAAAGAGGCACCUCCGAUCGGGAAUCUAAUGAGGAUCACAUGUUUCACGUGUCAACAACCUCGUCAUUACUCGACCGAAUGUCCAAAGAGGCAAAAGGUGGAGCAAUUGGGAAAAGCAAACGAGGCACAAAAACCUCGCGCUGGACGAGUUUUCUAUCUGUCAAAGGAUGACGAAGAUAUCUACCCAACAAUGGAGAAAGGUACGCCAAGUUAA